CUGGAUUAAAUCAGUGCUCUAGCGGGUGGGGCAGACCCUGGGCUAGCAGGCCCCAGGGAGAACUCCAAUGGCGCCUGUGUCAGCACGCCCACACCAGGCCACAACAAUGGCCGCCGCCAAUGUCUCAGUCCCUGGAGAGGUCUCACCUCUCACCGAGAUGCACUCAGGGCCUAUUAGGACUGUGGAAGCUGAAGUCAUUACAGACUUUGGAUCUGUCUUUCAAUGGGAUAUCGCAAAUUGGUUUGUCUGAUUUUCAUAACUGCCUGCAACUGGAGAACCUCUAUUUACAGAGCAACAGGAUACUCAGAAUUCAUCCAGAAGCUUUCAAGGACCUCAAAAAAUUACAGGUUGUGGACCUCAGCAACAAUGCUCUGACCACAAUCCUGCCAAUGAUGAUCAUUGCUCUAGAAUUUCCCCAUCUGGAGGUUGACUUGGCUGAUAACCAGUGGCAGUGUGACUAUAAUGUGGCAGCCUUCCAAAAUUUCAUUUCUGAAUCCUGGAGGAGAAAGUGGAAUGUAAUUUGCAACAAGUCUACAGGGAAUGAGGAGGUAUAUUGGUGGACUCCCAAAAGCAGAAUUUCCAGGGAGACUCACCUUCCUCACACUAAAUCGAAUCACAGGAAAAGCCUCGUAAUGGGCAAAGCUGAGAGGCCCCAGGAAGAGCUGUACGUGCACUUUUCCACACCGGGGAAGAAGGACAAUGCCAGCUCUGAUACCAGUGCAAAGCACAGACGGCUGCCAAGGUGGGUUAGAAGUGACGACGAUGCUGUGCGAACUUCUGGCAGAGACGAAGACAAUUCCCAGGACCUCGCCCUGGCUGUCUGUCUGUCGGUGUUCAUCACGUUCUUGGUGGCUUUCUGCCUGGGGGCUUUUGCAAGGCCUUAUGUUGACAGACUGUGGCAACAGAGGUGCCAGAAGAAAAGCCAUGGUUUGGAUAAUGCAUAUUCAAACGAGGGAUUCCACGAUGAAACGGAAGCUGCAGGGAACAUGCACCACCCAAGGGUAGGUCUGCACCAAGCUUUCGGUGAUCUCAACCUCUAUGAGAACCAAGACUCUUUCUCGGUGACAGCGGCCAGCCCACCUGCUGCUGUCAUUCCUGAUAGAACUCUGGGACCAAGCAGAAAGGAGCCUGAGAGUUGGCAGAGCUGGGAACAAGGCGAGGACAACAAUGCAGCAGGAAGUAGAAAGGAUAACGCAUUUCCAAAUGACAUUGCAGCCGGGUCCGUUCUCCUCGGACAGCCAAAUGCUGAUCAUAACGCACUAAUUUCAGCAGCACGGGACCACAUCUACAGGAAUGAGAUUCUUGGAGAAAUAAAUUUUGAAACUGUGGCCCGGGCAGAUUCUCUCAGUGAGCAGUCAGUGGGCGUCCCUGCAGUAGCUGGCAGAUCGCAAACGGUCUCUGGCUCAAUCCAUAAUGAUUUGAAUGAAUUAGACCCACAACUCUCGAGAGAAACAACUCUCUCUCAAAUGCUAAUACAUACAGAAGCACAGAGGGCUGGAGAGAAUGAGGAAAGACGGGGCACUGAGCAGUUACCGUCGGAGUUCUCUAAGGAAAUGCCAGUGAGCACUUACAUUAAUUUGCUGAGCGCACAGCAGCAAGGGCUCAAGGGGGCCAGUGCUGAGGAAGAGCUUUCCACCUACUACAGUGCGGUCACAUUCAGUGACCCAGGAGAUACGGAUUCAUCCCCACCAGUCUUCCCUCCAGGAUGGGGCAGAGACCUGCAUGUCACUCCUGCUAACAAGGAACCAAUGCAGGAACACCCUCCUCCUGACACUCAGUAUGAGUUGGACACCAACUACGAUUCUGAUGAGGGGUCUUUAUUUACUCUAAGUUCAAUAAGUUCAGAGGAUGCAAGAAAUGUGACUGAAGAAGAGGCACAUGACGAGGAGAGUCAUAGAGCCAGUGAGUUCCCAGAGGAUCAGGACUCAGGAAUGAGGAAGGACAAUGUUAUGUCAUUAGAGAGUCUUGACGACGGCAUCACCUUCCAGAAGAUUGUGGGGAAAUGUGAGAAUCAGGAAGAUCAUUUUGAAAAACCUCUAACUUCUGGUCCAGACUCUGGUUUGUGUGAGGCUCAUCUGGAAAAUGCCUCUUACACCAAUAAAUUUGAGGAUCCAUUGACCUUGCCCAGAUCACUGGGCAGUAGUCCUUUCAUUGAUGAGAUCCCAGACACGUUCAUUUAUGAUUAUGUCACAGCUCCUCAAUCUGAGGCAGUAGAGUGGCUUUACUCACUUAAAGACUUAGAAUUUUCAUAUGUGGAUAUUUUACCACAAACACCACCUUGUUCUGCCGAAGUUCCCUCAGAUCCUGGUAAGAGUGCCUGUCAUGAAAGAGACUCAGACAUUUGUAAAGAAGAACCUUUCACUCAGGGGACAGACACAGCUCAAAACGAUAUUCCUUUCAAGAUCACUACAGGGGAAAACUUAAGACCCUCACAAGAUUUUGAAGAAGGCGACAUGAAUUCCAACCUGAUGGAAACUGAUGCAAGUGAGGGGUCUGUAUGUCAUCUUGAGGACGAUGGUUCCAGAAAGGUUAUAAACCAAACACAGUUGUUACAAUCCUGUGGUGAUGAGUCUGCUCUUCAGUGUGAAAGAAGAGGGGGCGAAUAUUUUGAAGACAGUUCCAAGAGCCGGGUACCAUCAUUACAAGAGCUUCCAAAUAAAACCAGUUCACUAAGAACACAAGAGCCCUUCAAUGAUAGAGAUUGGGAUAAAUAUUCAUAGGAUAAUCUGUUGCAGUUAGAAAAUGAUUCUAACUUUUAUACUCAAAUGCAGACCCAGAGCAACCUGAUGGGAGUUGACUGUCUAUGUGAGGAUCAACUCUACUAUGACAAAGACAAGGACAUUCAACUUGAAAAUCAAAGGGAAUUCAAGUAACAUUUUUAGUCCAGAUUGAAGCACUUGGAUGGAACUGCUGAACAGAUUUUAACAAAUUCAGCACAAAGAACAGCAGAACUUUUGGGAGGUUGAUCAUGAAACAGCAAAAUUGGAAGGAUUCAGAACAUUUUUAAAUAUUUUUAAUAAGUUAUGUUAAAAGAGAGACCAUUUUCUAAAACUAAAUGUAAAUUAAAAAUCAAUUUUCAAGUUUUUUUGUAAAAGAAAAAGGUACUCUACCAUGAUCCCUGACUAGCCCUUCCUCAGCGUGACUCUCCAGUCUGGGCUCUCAUGAGCUGUGUUCUUCGGUUUAUCCUCCUGCUUCUCCGACAUUUUCUCCUUUUCCUUCCUGACACUCCUCCUCUGCUUGCCCUCUUAAAGAGCAUUCCUCAAAGGUCUGUUCUCAGUCUUUCCUUACAUCCCUUUACCUCUCUCCUUAGACCCCACUGCUUCAUGACCAGCUCUGUACAGAUGACGCCCAGGUCUGCAUGACAAGACCAACCUCCUUCCCAAGCUCCAGACUCACAUUCUCCACCCCAAUAGCCCAAAUCCACAUAGAUCUUUAUGGGACCUAAAAUUCAUCAUGUUCCUCAUGAAUGUGAUCUCCCAUGUUCUCUUUCUUGGUCAAUAGUAUCAUGACAUCUACCCAGUAAAGCCAGUUAAAAUUUCUGACUUAUCUCUGACUCUUUCUCUUUCAUUUCUUAAAUCUGAGUAGCAUCUAAGCUCUAUGCAGUGGAAGUUCUUUUAUGUCUAUACAGGGAGACGUUUAAGUAUGGCAAUCUGGAUGGGGGCUAGGUAAUUUAUGUCAAACCAGCGCUUGCCUAGAAAGCACCCUGUUUUUACUUUAGAGUGUACAGUUAUUUAGGGUAGACUAAGAUGGAAGGUGAUUCUGAUUUUAGGGAAGGGCCCUAAGGAUCCCCCAAUCCAACUGUUGGCACCACCACUAGUCCUUUGAGGGAUCUAUUCCUCAGUAAUUCUUAACGUUGUACUCUCUGCUCUCAACCCCCAAAUAAAGCACAUCCCUUAUCUA